ACGGUGACGCGGGUGACGGUGACGCACAGCACGUGUCGCAUGGCGGUGGCCGUGCGCGUGGUCCUCCCCAGCUGCUGAACCGGCGCCAGCAGCGCCGCGGGGUCGGCGGCCGCGGCGAACGCCGAGAAGCUGAAGUGGUCGAAGACGAGGUGGGAGAACUGGGACAGCGCGAACUGGGGACACGGGGACACGCGUGGGACGGCGGCGCGAGAGCACAGUGUCUCCUCACCCGUCACCGAACUGGGCGACGCUGUGGCCGAAAGCGGCGCCGGCGUCACCGGCGAACGUUGUCACCGACUCCACGUCCACGCCGGUGCCACCGCAGCGCCAUGGCGGUGCCGGGGUGGCUGGCGCGGUGGCCGCGGCUGGCGGGCGCGGGGCGGCUGGCGUGGCCGCGGGCGCCGCGGCGCGGGGCCGGGCACAACCGCUGGUCCAAGGUGAGGAACGUCAAGGGCCCGCGCGACGCCGAGCGCAGCCGGACCUUCCAGCGCCUGGCGCUGCUGCUGCGCUCCGCGGCACGCGAGGGCGGCCCAGACCCGGCGCUCAACCCCCAGUUGGCCAACGUGGUGGAGCAAUGUCGCGCCAACAACAUGCCCAAGGCGUCCAUCGCGGCCGCCAUCCAGAGCGCGGAGCGGCCGUCGCCGGACACGCGGCUGCUGUGCGAGGCCCGAGGCCCCGGCGGCGCCGCCAUCCUGCUGGAGAUCGUCACCGACAACCCGCGGCGCAGCCAGCGCGACGUCCGCCUGCUGCUCGCCCAGCACGGGUGGGUCCCGGGGGUGGACCCAGGCGUCCGGGGUGGACCCAGGCGUCCGGCGCUGAGGGCGUGUCCUCCCGCGCACAGGGGGGCGCUGUGGGAGGCGCCGCGCGGCGGGUUCGAGGAGCGGGGCGUGGUGCGGGUGGCGCCCAGCGACGGCCAGGGGCGCCCGCUCGGCCUGGAGGGGGCGCUGGAGACCGCGCUGGAUGUCGGAGCCACUGACGUGGAGGAGGAUGAUGAGGGGGAGGGGCUCAAGUUCCUGUGCCCGCCGGGGGCGCUGUGCGCCGUGGCGCGCGCCCUGGAGGCCGCGGGGCUGCGCCCCCUGGAGGCCGCGGUGGAGUUUGUGCCGCGGGCGCGCGCGGCGCUGCCGGGGCCGGCCGGGGAGCGCGCGCGGCGCCUCCUGCAGGCGCUGGCCGGCCGCCCCGACGUCGCCCGCUGCUACCACAACAUCCAAUGGGAGGAGCCGCCGCCGCCGCAAUAAACACCGCCCCGUCCCGCACCAA